CCUUACGUGAGGCUAAAAAAAAUUUUUUUCAUAUGAUUUUUCCAUUUUUUGUGUUUUUGAACUGGGGGCGCUAAAUUAAAGUUUGGGGGUGUUAAAGCACCCCCACUAGUGGCGCCUAUGCGCCAUCGGGGGGUGGUCUAAAACGGGUCAGAUGGAAAAAUAACAUAUAAAUGAUACACAGCGUGCCCGUUUCAGCUUAUCAAUUUUAUAAGCUUUUGAUCGCCAAUUUAUACCAUAGAACCACGGUUAUCUACUAUUAGAUAACCGUGCAUAGAACAAAAACCCUUGAUGUUAGUAUCGAAUUUAGGGUAACUCUGAUAGUAUGAUGUUACGACCGUUAUCACUUAUUAAAUAAGUCAACAAAAUAAUAAAUAAUAAUUUAUGGUUUCGUUUUUGUACAUCACUACUUCUGACUUCAGAGUUCAAAAUUCAGUAGUUUAGUUUGUGUUCGGCAGUUCGGUUGUUAUUCAAAUUCAAUGUUGUUCACAAUUUACUGUUGUUGACUUGUUUAUUUUAAUGUAUACUUAAAAUUGUAAUUAAUCUUUUUUUCUUUUGUUAAUAUGGGUAUUCCCGGUUUGACAUCAUUUAUAAAUCGUAAUUCAAAUCAAUAUUUUGAAAAUCUACAACUCAAAGACACUUUGGUUAUAAUAGAUGGUUAUGCUUUAACAAAUUUUCUAUACAGGUUGUAUGAAAACCAAACAAGCGCUUUUGGUGGAGAUUAUGACGUUUUAGCUAAGGUUUAUACUGAUUUUAUUAAUUUGUUAACGAGAUGCAAUGUAACACCAAUUUUUGUAUUUGACGGUGCAUAUGAACAGCGCAAAAUGGAAACAAUCAUGAGUCGAAUGAGCCAGAGAAUCCAAUCUUAUGGCCAACCUAUAAAAUCUGCUGAAUGUAUGCCAAUGUUUGGUAGUGAUGUUAUAUUUGACAUUCUUAAUGACAUGGACAUACCACAUAUAAAUUGUGAUUUUGAAGCUGAUUCGGAGAUUGUUGCAUUGGCUAAGUUAUUAGAUUGUCCUGUUAUAAGUCGUGAUUCUGAUUUUUAUAUAAAUACAGUACCGUAUAUACCAUUGGACAAGAUUAUCCUUGAUUUAGAUUCUAAUAUAAAAGUAAUGAAUUGUCAAGUAUAUAAAGUUGAAAAAUUACUGAAUGAAUUUGGUGGUUUAAAUCUUGACUAUUUACCUUUAGUGGCUGCACUAUUAGGUAAUGAUUACAUAAGGCAAGACACAUUUUCUUCGCUUUUACGAAUAAACCCAGGGUGUUUCAACUGUGGAUUGAAACUUAAACGAAUCACAGUAUGGCUAAGAAAACAACAUGAUAUAAAAUCAGCUAUAUCAAAUAUGACUUAUAAUUUAUAUCGCAACAGUGACUAUAUCAAAAAUCAAAUAAACAACAUCAUUAAAGACUAUAAAAAUAUGAAUAGCAAAUACUUAUCAUUCAUUCUUCAAUAUAAAAAAAUGAGUGCAUAUACAGAUCGAUUAAGACAUUUAAAACCAAACGAAAAAAGUAUACUACCGCCUUGGUUAGAGUAUAACUAUCGUAGAGGUACUGUGAAUGCUGAAGUUAUGACUAUUGUAACAUUAAAAAAAAUAUUUUUUAAAGUACAAAUCGAAGACUAUGAAAAACUACCUUACUAUGCAAUUUCCUUCAAAAUUAUGGAAAGAAUAGUUGGAUUAUUGUUUGGAAAAGGUAUAUCGUUUCCAACUAUAGGAAGAAAAAAUGGACUUAAUAUAGGUCAAUACAAAAUAGAACCAUAUAUAACUAAUCCUUAUGUACCAUUAGCUGAUUUAAAUAAGAGUGAAAUAGUAUACCGCAAAAAUAUAAUUUUAAAUUUAGUUGGUAUAAAAAAACUUGAUGGUGUUCCAAAAGAUAUGGAGUUAUUUGUUUUGAUUUUAAUUUACUGGGCAGUACAUACCAAUAAUAUUAAAUCCAAACACAUGCAUGCCUUAAUCGUAUGUGCAAUAACAUUUAAUGUCAUCAAAAAAAUUGAAAUUGAUCCGAAAAACAAUAAAACUGAAGAUAAUAAUGGAAAAAGUGUUAUAGAAGAAAAUAUUACUAGAGUGAAUAAAGAAGAUUGUAUAAAAGCUAUGAGUGUGUUAUCAAAUUAUUUUCAAGUUAGUCAAUAUUAUAAUGACAAGCGUUUAUAUUACAAAAUUAUUCACCCAUUUGCACAAUUUCAGAGUUGUGUUUAUUUUUUUAUGAUUCUCAACUCAUUGCUGGACUUCCCAUUUGAACAGUGUCGUAUAGAACGUUUUUAUAAAGGGACAUUUUUGUAUAAUUUAUGUGUAGAAAUGGAAAAUUGUGAUCCAGAAAUAUUUGUAUCAAGUAAACUAUUUAAAAAAUUAGAUUCAUUAAAUAAUGUUUACAAAUCAAUAAUUAAACAUAUGAAUGUACUGUUGCCAACUCCAAAAAAAAGAGCAACUGUAACACAGGAUACUAAUAACAGUAAAGGCAAAAAAACACAGAAAAAUCCAAAAUAAUCUCAACAAACUAUUUUAUAUUUAGAAAUUAAAUAAUAGUAUCUAUGCAAAGAAUGUAUGUAAUAUAUUGUAUAUGUACCUAUAUUAUUUAAAAAUAGAUUUUAUAUUUAAGACUAUUAUACUUUAUUUUAUACUUUUAUCAUAAUAAUUUGUUAAAUUGUAAGCUUAUAUUAAAUGUAAUUCAUUUAACAGUAAAAUUAAAAUUAACCUAUUAUGAUUUUACAUAAAACAAUAUGUUAAUAUUUAGCUACUGUAAAAUGUGGUGACCCAGACAGAUUUUAACAUUUUUUUUUUUAAAUUUAACCUUAAUAUUAUAAUGUUUCUAAAAUAAUUAAAAAUAUAUACCACAGUCUUAAUUAUAUUGAAAACAGAUAAUAAGAGAAGAAUAAUCAUCAAGUUCAUUAAAGUUCCCUCUUUUUUUUAAAAGUUGAAUUUUGUGCAGAGUGACCAGCAAAUUUGGAUCACUUUAGACAGUGGUUUUGUAUUAGUUUUAUUAAAACCGAUGUUAUAGUAUGAUAAUGGCUGAGUUCAGACAAUUUGAUACUUAAAAAAAAAAUGAAAUCAAUUGAAAAAAAGGUGGGUAAGUGGAUGUCACUCUGCUGUACAGUAGAUUACAAGUGGAUCACUAUAAUGGAUGGUGUUAAAUUUGAAUUCAAUGAUAUAAUAUAAUUGUAUAAGAAAAACGAUUCUGAUCAAAAACGGUCAGUCAGCCUAUGAUAUUACCAAGUAUAUUUGAUGAUAUUAUUGUGAAUAAAGUAAUUUAUAUAUAACCUA